UGGGGUUACUGUAAAAGCCAUUUUCAUGAUCAAAGAUGAAAUAAUACUGUUAAUUCAUGUCAGGUGCAGGACUGAAUAUUUUACUGCGCAACUAGUGCACACUUUACGGUCGUGGUGCUGAUGCGGGAUGAGUCAGGCUAUAUGAUGCUGCUGAUGUUGCUGCCAUUUCAUCAGCAAAAUUGCAAACAUUUCUUCAUCUUCAAAACAUGGAGUGAAAAUAACACAUCAUAAUAUCAUAAUUAGUGCUUUAGUCGAUUCGCCACGUGGUUGAGCUAGUGUAUGUGAUCCACACCCUUUCUGAGUCGUAUUUCGACAAGAACAAAAGACGGAGUGGCUGUGCCCUCUUUUUUCUUCGGAUAUUCUCGAGAAUUAUAGAUAACAGGAGGUAGACGGGUCGAUGGGUAAGGGAUAACAGGGUUUUGUACGUUUAUGCGUUUCCUAGAGGGGCUGUUUUUCUGUGCACUUUCAAGAACAUCGAGGAUCCCUUCGGCGUCAUGGAACUCGCCGUUUCCCAGCUUUGAACGGCUCGAUCAAACACCACCCGGAUAGACAUGGAGGCGAUAUGGCUGUACCAAUUCCGACUGAUUGUCAUCGGUGACUCCACCGUGGGGAAGUCGUGCUUGAUCCGACGCUUCACCGAGGGGCGUUUCGCUCAGGUGUCAGAUCCUACUGUGGGGGUGGACUUCUUCUCUCGCCUGGUGGAAAUCGAACCGGGCAAGCGCAUCAAACUUCAAAUCUGGGACACCGCAGGCCAGGAGCGCUUCAGGUCAAUCACCCGAGCUUACUACCGCAACUCUGUGGGCGGCCUCCUGCUCUUCGACAUCACCAACCGUCGCUCCUUCCAGAACGUGCACGAGUGGCUCGAAGAGGCGCGCAGCCACGUGCAGCCGCACAGCAUCGUCUUCCUGCUGGUGGGCCACAAGUGCGACCUGGAGGCCCAGCGGCAGGUUAGCCGGCAGGAGGCCGAGAAGCUGGCGGUGGCCUACGGCAUGCGCUACGUGGAGACGUCGGCGCGCGACGCCAUCAACGUGGAGAGGGCCUUCACCGAGCUGACGCGCGACAUCUUCGAGCUGGUCAAGCGCGGCGACAUCACCAUCCAGGAGGGCUGGGAGGGGGUGAAGAGCGGCUUUGUGCCCAACGUCGUGCACUCCUCUGAAGAGGUCACCAAAAGCGACCGCCGGUGCCUGUGCUGAGUGCCCCAUCCCCAAACCCCGUCUCUCACUCUGUCGUUCUCUCAUUCGGGCGAGCUGAGCCAUCGAGCCUAGACGACUUCCAGAUUACUCCUCUCUCUCUCUCUCUCUCUGGCCUCUCUUCAUCUAUCUGGCAGUCUUUCUUCACCUGAGGUCACCCUCGUUUUGCCAACCCCUUUCUGCCCAUUACUCCUGUAGUCACAGAAUGUUCUUUGGUUUCCAUAAGGAUCCUUAUUCCUCACUUGCCUGUUCAGACGCCCACCACUCUCACUCUCAAAUAGUUACUGCUCCACCCACUGAUUUUUUUCUUAUCCAAUUAAAUCACUCCCAAACAACACAUCACCAAUGAGCCUCCACUUCUUUUUGGAACAGUUUUGGGACCUCCUCCCUUCCCCCUAAUGCCCCCUCCCUCUUUCUUGCUGCUAGAUAAUGUCCACCAGAUCCAGUUGAACUCUUUUGAGUUAGUAGACGGUGAAGGUGAUGCGCUAUAGAUUGGGCCUAUCACAGGCAUUAUAAACGGAAAGGGGUGAAGACACAGAUGUCAGAUGGGACUGAUGAGUCUGACAAGAUCUGUGUUUUUUUUCUCUCCGUUACCAAAACACUGUCUCUCGAACGCCUCCCAGCUUGUGACUGUAUUGCCUCUGGAUGAAGUGGACCGCAACAUGGAGAUGUGAAGUGGGGAAGAUUGAAAAUUCAGAUUUUUGUCCAUGACCUUCCAGCCAUCACAAGCCUGCCUAUAAAGACUGAGAUAAACUCUUCGAUAACAUCAUUGACACCC